AUGGAAAACUUGUACAAAUUUGGUGAGUUCAGUUUCAAUGCAGUUGAAGACAAACUUAGUUCAUCCAAUGAUAUUUUCUGGGAGACAAAGAAACUUCAUGAAAUAAAAAGUGUUCAAUUUCCUGUAGCAGAAGAUCUAGGAGAUUUUAAUGGAACCGAGUCUCUGUGCUCGAAUUUCGGUUUCUUUCAAGACGAUCCAUUGCAUGAAGACGGGUUUCUUCUUUCGACCGAUCAACAAAAGUUUCAAGAUUAUGAAACUUUUGAUAACCUACAAUUCGACAUGGUUAACUUCGAUGAACAACUAUGUCCAACAAAAGUUCUUCCACUUUGCGACACUAAAAAUGACGAACAAUACUACCAAACUCCUUUAGCACCUGUUGAGAUAUUGAAGAAUUAUGGCAAAGGAUUCAAGAAGUUAUUAUUACCGGAUGAAGGAAAAGUUCUUCAUCCGGUUAAUGAUAUCGGCUUAGUCAUGAACAACGAAAAUGAAAGAAAGUUGUCAACUACGGAUAUCAUGAAGGUAGCUGGAACAAGAUUCAUACAAUCAUCUUCGUCGGAAUCUUCAUCAUCAGGUUUGAUUCUUAAUCACCCUUUUGGUUUUAGUUUCUCUGGUUUAUCAGAUCAAGAGAAAGAAGAUGUUUCAUUGGCUGAAUCACUCUUGGCUUGUGCUGAAAAAGUUGGAUAUCAACAAUUCGAACGCGCUAGAUUUUUCUUACCGCAAAUCGAGUCUUUAUCUUCGAAGACAGGUAACCCGGUUAAGCGCGUGGUUCAUUAUUUUGCCGAAGCUCUUCGCCAAAGAAUCGACAGAGAAACAGGUAGAGUUCCCGUUAAGAAUAUGCAAAAGGCGGAGUCUUUAUUUAAUCCUGAAGAGGAGACCAAGGAUCUAAAUCCGACCCUUCUCGCUUUUAUCGAAGAUCUUCCGUUUUGUAAAAUUGCAAUGUUCACAUGUGUACAAGCUAUAGUAGAGAAUGUUAAAGAUACAAAGAAGAUUCAUGUUAUUGAUUUCGAAAUUCGAAAAGGGUUACAAUGGACGAUCCUAAUGCAAGCCCUUCAAUCGAGAAACGAAUGUCCUCUCGAGCUUCUAAAGAUAACAGCUAUUGCGAGCGGAAACACAGACACCUCGAAGCAGGUAGCUGAGGCAACUGGUAAAAGAUUGAAAGAUUUUGCGCAAAGUUUGACCGUACCUUUCUCCUUUGAAAUAGUUGUUGUAUCUGAUUUAUUACAUCUAAGAGAAGAUCAUUUCAAGAUAGACUCCGAAGAAACAAUAGCAGUUUAUUCUCAAUAUGCAUUACGAAACAAGAUUCAUCAAUCAGACCAACUCGAAACAAUCAUGCGAGUUAUUAGAACUAUAAACCCUGUAGUAAUGGUUGUCACCGAGAUUGAAGCUAACCAUAACUCUAAAUCUUUUGUGACCCGUUUCAUCGAAGCACUAUUCUACUUUAGUGCAUUUUUCGAUUGUUUAGAGGAUUGUAUGAAAGAUGACGAGAUAAAUAGAACGAUUCUUGAAUCGAUGUAUUUUAGUUACGGUAUAAGGAAUACCGUGGCUGAAGAAGGAGUUGAAAGAAAGAGUAGAAAUGUGAAAAUUGACGUGUGGAGAGCAUUUUUUACAAGAUUUGGAAUGGUUGAAACAAAAUUGAGUAUGAUGUGUUUGUAUCAAGCUGAAUUGAUAGCUAAAAGAUUUGCUUGUGGAAAUUCUUGCACAUUUGAUAUGAAUGGAGAAUGUCUUGUAAUUGGGUGGAAAGGGACACCAAUUAACUCUGUUUCUGUUUGGAAGUUUAUUUGA